UCCCACUUCUACUGGCUCUCAUAAACUCAUUUCACUCCUAUAAAUUCAAUCCACUUCCACUUCUUUCCCUCCCACACUCAAAAACACUUCCAAAAACUUUAAACCCAAAUAUCAUCAUCCCAACCAUUUUACCAAGAACUUCAAAAACUUCCAUCAUCCCAAUUCCCAAACAUUCCUUUUUCCAAAAUCCAAAAAUGGCAUCCAACCAAACUUGUGCAUCACAAGCUUCACGUGCUCCCCCACACUGGAUCAAAGCCUCCGAGGCUCUCCAAUGCAGCCACUUUGAAGAAGUCCGCCAAAUGGUGACACAAUUCUCCCAAGCACAAACGGUCGAAAUUCAAGGCACAACCCUCACCGUCGCUGAGGUCACCGCGGUGGCGCGCCGCCCGGAAGUCAAGGUCGACCUUGAUGAGGCGGCGGCACGCCGCCGUGUGGCUGACAGCGCUAACUGGGUCGCGGAGAACAUCGCACGGGGGACCGACACCUACGGCGUCACUACCGGCUUCGGCUCCACCUCUCACCGCCGCACCGACAAGCCGGCCGACCUUCAAACCGAGCUCAUCCGGUUCCUCAACGCCGGAGUCAUCGGAAAAGACCCGAAAGACUGCCUUCCCUCCAGUUACUCCAAAGCAGCCAUGCUAGUCCGCACAAAUACACUGAUGCAGGGCUACUCCGGCAUACGGUGGGAGAUUCUCCACUCCAUUACCAAGCUCAUGAACUGUAACUUGCUCCCCAAGCUACCUCUCAGAGGAUCCAUAACCGCCUCCGGCGAUCUCGUCCCGUUAUCCUACAUCGCCGGGCUACUAACCGGCCGACACAACUCGAGAGUCCUCGCCCCCAACGGCGAAGAAAUCUCCGCGAUGGAAGCGUUAAAAAGAGCCGGAAUUUUCUCUCCAUUCGAGCUUCAGGCGAAAGAAGGCUUAGCUCUUGUUAACGGCACGGCCGUAGGAUCGGCGGUGGCUGCCACGGUCUGUUUCGAUGCAAACGUCUUGGCUCUGCUUUCGGAGAUUCUCUCUGCUCUGUUUUGCGAAGCGAUGCAGGGGAAAACAGAGUAUACUGAUCCCCUGACUCACAAACUCAAACACCAUCCUGGCCAGAUCGAAUCAGCUUCCAUAAUGAAGCAUCUUUUGGACGAGAGUGAUUUGGUUAAAGAAGCAAAAUCUCGUCAAGAAAGAGAUCCGCUGACGAAGCCGAAACAAGACCGGUACGCUCUGCGAACGUCGCCGCAGUGGCUCGGGCCUCAGAUUGAGGUCAUCCGAAUGGCGACUCAUUCAAUCGAGAGAGAGAUAAACUCUGUUAAUGACAACCCUUUGAUUGACGUCUCGAGAAACAUUGCUCUUCACGGCGGGAAUUUUCAGGGGACGCCGAUCGGCGUGUCGAUGGAUAAUCUCCGAAUCGCGGUAGCAGCCAUCGGAAAGCUCAUGUUUGCUCAGUUUUCCGAGCUUGUUUGUGAGCACUACAACAAUGGCUUGCCUUCUAAUCUCAGUGGGGGGCCGAACCCGAGCCUGGACUACGGAUUCAAAGGCGCGGAAAUCGCCAUGGCUGCCUAUUGCUCCGAACUUCAGUACUUGGCGAAUCCCGUCACGACUCAUGUCCAAAGCGCCGAGCAGCACAACCAGGACGUGAACUCCCUGGGGCUGGUUUCGGCGAGGAAAAGCGCCGAGGCGAUCGGGGUACUAAAACUUAUGUCGGCAACUUUCAUGGUGGCGCUUUGCCAGGCGAUUGAUCUGAGACAUUUGGAGGAGAACAUGAGGGAAGUAGUCAAACAGGUUGUUCUUCAAGUUGUGAGAAAAACCCUUUAUACAAAUGAAGAUGGAUCUUUGCUUGAGUCAAGAUUUUGCGAGAAAGAGCUCUUGCAAGCCGUCGAAAACCUGCCGGUCUUCGCCUACAUCGACGACCCUGCAAAUCCUUCUUAUGCUCUCGUGCCGAAACUGAGGGAAAUUGUUGUGGAACGAGCGUUGAAAGAUGGUAAUACUAAAGAAGAAUGUGGGGAGAGGAAAGGGUACUUAAUUUUCAAGAGAAUUCCUGUUUUUGUGGAGGAGUUGAAGGCCAGGCUCGGCGAAGAGGUGGCGAAAGAGAGGGAGAGAUUAGACGGCGCUGCCGGCGGCAGAGAUUGCUUGGCGGCGAAGAAAAGGAUUGAGAAUUGCAGGACUUAUCCGGUUUACAGUUUUCUGAGGAGUGAAGUUGGGACUGAGCUUCUCAGUGGUGCAAAAAGGGUGAGUCCUGGUGAGGCUAUAGAGAAGGUUUAUGAGGCCAUCAAUGAAGGGAAGCUUGGAGAUGUUUUAUUGAAGUGCCUUAAAGAUUGGGAUUGUUCUGUUUGAUGUUUUUAAUGGUUUUUUAUGUGUUAGUUUAUUGAGUUUUGAGUAUUUUCUCCUCUAUUUCCAUCUACUGUUGCUUUGUAGUUUGUUCCCGGGUCCGUUAGGGAACUAUGCGUGCCAUGCCUGUAGGACGCUAAGAGCCAUAGAGGAGUGCACGAAUGUAAGGGUGCCGACACGAUACAUGUGUACGGGGUGAAUCAUAGAUGAAUAAAAUUAAA